AUGCCGCCCACAGCACCAAUACCUCCACCGCUGUCCUUGGGCUUAGCCAAUCCAGAAAAGCCCCAGAAGUCUCAGACUGAUAACAAGGCACAGAGCACUGAGAAUUGGAAGCCAGAAGACGAUUACAGCUACGAGCAUUCCAGCCCAGAUGAAGGCCCCAGAGUCGUGCCGACCUCCCCUGAGAACCCCGAUUGGUACUAUGCAGACGAUGAUCCAUGCCAGUCCAACCCCUGUGAACACGGUGGGAACUGUAUCAUCAGAGGGGACACCUUCCAUUGUAGCUGCCCAGCCCCCUUCUCAGGAAGUCGGUGUCAGAACGCCCGGAACAAGUGCGAGGACAACCCGUGUGUCCAUGGUGAAUGCCUCAUUACCCAGAAGCCUCCGUACUACCGCUGUGCCUGCAAACACCCCUACACAGGGCCAGACUGCUCCCAGGUUCUUCCGGCAUGCAGACCAAAUCCCUGCCAGAACGGUGGUGUCUGCUCCCGUCACAGACGGAGGUCCAGGUUUAGCUGUGCCUGUCCAGACCAGUACAGGGGGAGAUUCUGUGAAAUAGGUCCGGACGACUGUUAUGUCGGUGAUGGCUACUCUUACCGAGGCAAAGUGAGUAGGACAGUCAACCAGAGCCCAUGCCUUUACUGGAAUUCCCACCUCCUCUUGCAGGAGAAUUACAACAUGUUUAUGGAGGAAGCUGAGACCCACGGGAUUGCAGAUCACAACUUUUGCAGAAACCCGGAUGGAGACCACAAGCCCUGGUGCUUUGUUAAGGUUAACAGUGAAAGGGUGAAAUGGGAAUACUGUGACGUCACAGUCUGUCCCACCCCAGUUACUCCUAACCCAGAUGCAAGCCUUCAGGAGCCUGUGAUGGAGGUGCCAGGAUUCAACUCCUGCGGGAAGACGGAGACAGCUGAGCGCGUUGUCAAGCGUAUCUAUGGGGGCUUUAAGAGCACAGCGGGCAAGCACCCGUGGCAGGUGUCCCUGCAGACCUCACUGCCGCUGACCACCUCCAUGCCCCAAGGCCACUUCUGUGGGGGUUCCCUGAUUCACCCCUGCUGGGUGCUCACUGCAGCCCACUGCACUGACAUAAGCACCAGGCAUCUAAAAGUCGUGCUAGGGGACCAGGACCUGAAGAAGACAGAAUCUCAUGAGCAGACCUUUAGGGUGGAAAAGAUACUGAAGUACAGCCGGUACAACGAAAAAGAUGAUAUUCCCCACAAUGACAUCGCUUUGCUCAAGUUAAAGCCAGUGGAUGGUCACUGUGCUCUGGAAUCCAAAUACGUGAAGACCAUAUGUCUGCCCAACGACCCCUUUCCCUCUGGGACUGAGUGCCACAUCUCCGGCUGGGGAGUAACGGAAACAGGAGAAGGGUCCCGCCAGCUCCUGGAUGCUAAAGUCAAGCUGAUCGCUAACACUUUGUGUAACUCCCGCCGACUCUAUGACAAUACAAUAGACGACAGUAUGGUCUGUGCUGGGAACCUCCAGAAGCCUGGAUCAGACACCUGCCAGGGUGACUCUGGGGGCCCUCUGACCUGUGAAAAGGAUGGCACUUACUUCGUCUAUGGGAUUGUGAGCUGGGGCCAAGAAUGCGGGAAGAAGCCAGGCGUCUACACUCAAGUCACCAAAUUUCUGAAUUGGAUCAAAAACACCAUUCAAAAGGAGGCUGGCUUCUGAGCUGCUGUCUUCGGACCCUCAAAGCCCCUUUUCUUUAGCACUAGACAAAAGGGGCUUCCUGGGCAGCUAGAGAUGUCCUUUCGAUUCCAGAAGACCAGGUAGCUGAAGGGCUCUGGACAGAGACACUGCUGCCCAGCCUGGGCCUUUCUGGGCAGGUAUGUGCACCAUUUCAUGAGGCCCACUCUUGUCCCCUCCUCCUGGGAACCAACAAGAACUAUGCCUGCAUUUGCUCCCCUUCUGACAAAUACACCUUCUAGAAAAGUGGAAUACACUGAGACUGUAUUGUGUAUUGACACCACAAAUAUGAGCUUACUGAAAUCCCGCCGCCCCCACCAGAUGUCACCUGGACUCUUUCACCUUGGCCCACACCAUCAAGGUCCAGCAUAGAACUAGCCAGUCUCACCCAGUCAUCUGAGAGAAACCCCCAAACACAAGCUCCAUUGUUUGCUUUCAGAGUUGUUGUUUUAAUAAAGGCAGAUGUGAGAAGGA